AGAAAGUCGAUGUCUUUGAAAUAAAGCUAGCCAUCAAACGAAUACAGAAAGAUUCUACCUAUCGAACAUAUAUGGAUGCAUUGAUUAUCAAAGAAACAUAUGUGGCAAAGAUAUUGCAUUUUGGAAUUGUGCCUCUUAUUGCUCACCACCAAGAUAUAGAAAAGAAGGAAUACUAUUUGAUUUCACCACUUCUUGAAAAUGGCGACUUGUUUGAUGCGAUUCAACACGACACAAAAAAGGGAGGGUCCGCUACACUCAACAUGAUUAUCAGGUCGAAAAUUAUUUACCAAAUAUUUUGUGCAAUGGAUUUUUUGCACACAAGAACACAUACACGGGCACCACUUUUGCAUCUGGAUAUAAAGUCGAAGAACAUUGUACUAGAUGCAAAUCAUAAUGCAAGAUUGACUGAUUUUGGAUCUGCAGCAGAACUGAAAACGGGGGACGUUGUUUCUGUAAAAGUUCAAAGAGGAACUCCAGGAUACAAUCCCGCUUUACCAAUAACAUUUUCAAGACAAAAUGAUUAUCACGGAUUUGGCGUGGUUUUACGUGAACUGGUCACUGGAUUACAAGCUUUGCACGAAGGCCGGGAACUGCAAGAAAUGGAACCAGAAAAAGUUGCUAAGAAAAUUCAGAAAUUUAUCUGGACAGACAGUAACCUCGCAAAUCAGGUAAUUGAUAUAUCCACUACAUGUGUUAACUGUUUGGCUGACACAUCAGAUUUUCGGCCGAUCAGAAAAAAGCUAUCGGACAAUAUCAAGAAUUAUGUACGAAUACAUUCCGUUCCUAUGUGGUCAACAGGGACAAAACAAUGUAACGAGGAUGUAGAAAAUAAUAGAUGCCAGCUAUGUUUAAUUAACCGGGCAGUGUCGCCAAGUAUGCAUCAGGGCUGCGCAUUUGACAUAUGUUGUGCCUGUUUGAGGAACUCUCAUUACAACCCAAUUCAAUGUCACAGCUGUAGUGCAGAAAUCAAUCCGGUUAUAGGUAUCGGUGUUGGUGCCAUUCUUGUAGCAGGGUAUGAUCAAUUCGGUACAUUCGAGAGGGAUAUUAAAACGUUUGCCACUGUUGCUACAUCUAGAGUGUUACCAUCCAUGUGCAUAAGGACUGAUCAUCUGCAUACUAUCAUACCAGAAAGUCAAUCGGAGGAAUCAGAAAGUAUUGAAAGGAAACUAUAUGAUGCAUUGGAACAACUUGUCAAUGAGGCAAAAAUCCAUACGCUGCUUUUUUACUAUUCCGGACAUAACAAUCAGAACAAUUGCCUCGAUAUUACAAAUAACUGUCAUUUUGAUAUGAAUGUGUUACCAGAAAUGCUCUCUAAACUCUCUGAAAGAAACAAGCAUUUUGCAAUAACAAAGACAAUGGUAUUUUUAGAUUGCUGCUAUCCAAAAUUUGUUCAAAUGUUCAAAGGGAACUUAGACCAAAAAAAGAUGAUUCAGAUCAACGCAUGUGGACCAAACAGUCAAGCGGUGUCGACCAAAGGAGAAUCGAGCUUUUUCACAAAAUGCAUUUUAGAGGCUUUAACGAUGACAGCUAACGGGGGAAAAUGCAGACUACCAAACUGUACAUCAAAAUGCACAAUUAAUGAUGAUUACAUCACAGCUGAACGUUUACUUACCUUUAUUGAGCAUCAUGCAGAAAACUUGGAGAGUAAACAAACACAUUAUCAUGUAAAGAACGUAACUGCGCGAGACGUAUAUCUGGCUUACAAUUAUCAUUUUAAAGCACAAUUAAAUUUUGAGUUUCAGGUUCACGUCACACCUUUUGUUAACACGCCUGAUCCUUGUCCUUUCAAAACAAAAGUUGUAGGUGUACCUGACUGUUUAGAAUUAUGUCGGGUGAAAACACGUUUAUGGCAAGAAUAUUUAGACAACUUUGCAAAACUCAACAAGUUGACACUUAUUGAUAACUUACUAAAGAAAGCAGACGUACUAAAGAAAGCAGACGUGCUUUGUAUCGAAUGCAAAACAGAAGACGCCGUUCAAGAAAUAGAGCAUAUAGACGACCUUCCAAGAAAACAUUUUCUGCAAUGUAGACUGCGUAAAAUCGAAAUGAUCGAUAUUGGCAAGCCUGUUGCUGUCUUUCUGAAGACGUUUAUCUUUAUUCCAACACAGUAUCAGAAGGCACUUACAUUGGAUGAGGUUGAAUCAUGUUUGGAAAUGCUCAAAAGUGUCUAUCACAACGGUUUACUUGAAGCUUUGUGUAUUGUUACACAACGUAUGAAAACCGAUAAACUGUGUGGGCAAAGAUUGAAAAUCACGUGUGAGACCAUUGGACUCGAAGGUGUCAGCAUUGCUACCAUGUCCUUUGUCAAGACUUUGGUUGACCGUAACGAGAAAACUAACGAGUGCUAAUGUAUGGCGAAAUAAGCGAACAUUCAACACGAGUAUGUGGUUAUGUUCAUCGUUUAUGAUCAGUGAAUAUCGAUUUAAUACCCGUCCAAUAUAACAGCUUUAUGAACAAUGCGGUUAUUUAGUUUGACGAGUUCUUAGCUGACAUGCUAUAUUGGACGAGCCGAUAGGCGGAUCCGAGUUGAGUAUUCCAGCCUUGCACGACUGCAUAUAUAUCACAUUUUUGUGCACAACGUUGUUAAAUAAAUUGUUGCCAUACUCGUGUAAUAGUGUCAAAUAUAUACAUGAAUAUGUUGAACGGCCUCGGGGUGCAAAUGAGAACAUUCAAUUUGGUAAAAAUGAAUAAACAGAUGUGAUUUAAUAGGUUGGUAAUGUGAAGACGUUUUUUUCACGCGCUGUUUCGACUCAGAAACAUCGAGAGAAAAAUAUACUACUCAAAAUUUGCUAAGGAUCACUUUUUAUUAUCACAUUAUCUUCAAUCUCGGAUUACGUUCAUUUUAAAUUGUUAUUUUGCAGGUUUUGAUAUUAGAAUGUGUGUUUUUCAUUUUAUUUUUAUGUAUUGAUUUAUCAUUGAUGCGUGACGCUGGCUGAAUCUAGCUAGGGUGGAACUGCAAAUUACACAUACUAUAAAAAGUAAUUCUUAGCAAAUUUUGAAUAGUAUAUGUCACUUAAAAUAUUGCCUUUGGAAUUGUUCAGAUACAACGAUUGAUACCUUACAUUUGCAUUUUUAUAUAUUUAUGUGUUUAAAAAUAAAUCUUUCAUCCAACCUUAACUAAAUCCAUUUAUUUUGUAUCCUUAUAUUAAAAAUAAUCCAAUCGAUUCCAUUUUAUAAGCAUAAAUAUUGUUCCAGAAAAUGUAAUGUUUGGGCUUGUCAUAAGGGGUUUGUGAACACCGCUCGUUUGUAUGUAAAUGAAACGGGGUUGUACUUCAAUAAAAUUGAUCUCAAAACGCAUGUCUAUCGGAAACUCGGAUACUGACGUAAGACUCUAAUAUUCGCAGUUAAUAAAUGUAAAUAGGGAAAUAUGUCCAAUCUUAUUAUUCGUUUUAUUUACCUUUCAUUAAGAAGCCAUACCAUAACAAUAAUUUUACUGACGUGACACGUGUAAUAAAAUUUAGCUUUAGCUGAUUAUCAUUACAUAAUACUUAUUUUAUUUUGUCAUUUUUCACAAGAAUCUGAUAAGCCAUAAUGUUAAAAAAAGAUAACCUGUACAUACUUUGUAAUA